AUGGUUGCCAUCUCCUUUGCACUCCUUUCCGCCGUCAGCGGAUUCUUGAUUCAAUCUGCUCGUGCGGCUCCCUCGCCCACUAUGCAAGUGGACCCCUUCGUCCGCCGCGAUGCUGAUGCUCCUCCUUUUGUCAAGCGUGCUGCGAGCUGCACGUUCCCAAGCCCUCCCAGGACAUCGAGCCUCAGUGCUCCUAUCACCGUCACCGGAACCUUUGAUGGUGGCAACGUUCGUUUCGAUCGCGGCUUUGGCGCCUGCACGUCUGGCGAAGGUGGAAGCGCUGACACCGUCUUCCUCGUAUCUUCGGGCGGAACCCUCCAGAAUGUUGUGAUUGGUGCCAACCAGAAGGAAGGCGUUCGUUGCACCGGCCCGUGCAACCUUUAUAACGUCUGGUUUGAGGAUGUAUGCGAGGAUGCAAUUACCAUCUCUCAGACUUCAGGCCAGUCCAAUAUCGUUGGAGGUGGUGCCAAGGGAGCCAGCGACAAGGUUGUCCAGCACAACGGUGGAGGAACUGUCAAGAUCGACUCGUACUGCGUCCAAUCUUUCGGCAAGCUGUAUCGCUCUUGUGGAAAUUGCUCGACGCAAUACAAGCGUACUGUUUUGAUCUCCCAGAUCAUCGGACAAACUGGUUCAGCCCUAGCUGGCGUCAACUCCAACUACGGCGAUGUAGCUCAAUUCGACCGCGCCUCCCUUCAGCUCUCAGGCGUGAGCAGCAUCUGCGACACUUAUGAGGGUAACAGCAACGGAAACGAGCCUAAGAAGCUGACCACCAACCAGUCCAACUCUUACUGCAAGUUUUAG